UUAGCCCGGAGACACACACACCCACCAACUCUCUCUCUCUCUCUUUCUGACACACACAUUUGUACACUCCUCCUGCUCUGCGCUGCACCAAGGUAACAGAGAGUGGAUUUAGCUUUAACCAUCUGGUCGGAGUGCAGAGGAAAACCUCUCUGCUGCACAGAGAGGGGAAAAAAGGGAAAGGACGAUGCAGCACUAGCCAGGCAGAGAAAAGCCAAAGAGUGGAAGAGAGACAACACACACACGCUCUGUGAGACAGGAUGGCCACCGCAGUGUUUCAGGUGUCCUCAUCUUGUGUUCCAACGACAAACUACGAGCUGGCACCGAGCAGUGAUCUCCCCCUCAAACAUGUAGACACCAUGGGCUCCACAAAAUCCUCAAAGAGCAUGGAGUCUCGGCGCAGACCAUCCAGGAGUGUGAGUCUGCUGCAGGCCCUGGAGGAGAACUAUGAACUGGACCUGGUCUACAUCACAGAGCGGAUCAUUUCUGUCUCCUUCCCCGGCAGUGUGGAGGAGCAGAGCUAUGCCGCCAACCUGCAGGAGGUCGCUUCCAUGCUGCGCUCCAAACACGGACACAACUACCUGCUCUUCAACCUCAGUGAGAAGCGUUAUGACAUCAGCCAACUUCAUCCAAAGGUGUUGGACUUUGGCUGGCCUGACCACCAUGCCCCAGCUCUGGACAAAAUCUGCAGCAUCUGCAAAGCCAUGGACACCUGGCUGAGCGCUGACAGCCACAACGUGGUGGUCAUACACAACAAGGGUAAUCGCGGCAGAACUGGAGUGGUGGUGGCGGCGUACAUGCAUUACAGCAACAUAUCUGCCAGUGCUGACCAGGCUCUGGACAGGUUCGCCAUGAAGCGUUUCUAUGAAGACAAAGUGCUUCCUGUGGGCCAGCCGUCUCAGAAAAGGUAUGUGGAGUACUUCAGCGGUCUGCUGUCCGGACACAUCAAGAUCAACAACAAACCCUUGUUCCUGCACCACGUCAUCAUGCACGGCAUCCCCAACUUUGAGUCCAAAGGAGGUUGUCGUCCCUUUCUGAAAAUCUACCAGGCCAUGCAGCCUGUCUACACAUCUGGGAUCUAUAAUGUCCAGGGUGACAGCCAGACCAGCAUCUGCAUCACCAUUGAACCUGGUCUACUUCUGAAAGGGGACAUCCUGUUGAAAUGCUACCACAAACGCUACCGCAGCCCGUGUCGAGACGUGAUAUUCAGGGUGCAGUUUCACACCUGCGCUGUUCACGACCUGGGCAUCGUGUUCGGGAAGAACGAGCUUGAUGAGACAUUCAAAGAUGACAGGUUUCCAGAAUAUGGAAAAGUUGAAUUUAUUUUCUCCUUUGGACCAGAGAAAAUCCAUGGUGUGGACCACCUGGAAAACGGGCCGAGCGUCUCGGUGGACUACAACACACAGGACUCUCUGAUCCGCUGGGACUCGUACGAAAACUUCAAUCAGAUUUGUGAGGACAACACGGACGAAGUCAUCCACACCGAAGGGCCCUUGGACGGCAGCCUCUAUGCCAAAGUUCGCAAAAAGGAUUCUGUUGAAGGAACAGUUACAGCAAAUGGCCUCCCACCCAGUGCUGUGGAACAUGCCCUCCCUGCAGUUGACCAUGCAUUGUCAGUAAGCAGCGACUCAGGAAACUCUACUGCCUCCAUCAAAACUGACCGGACUGAUGAGGCAACAGCAGCUCCUCAGACUUCCACAGUGAUCCAGGCACAUGUUCCUGUAGGUGAGGAGCUUCACUCAGCCCAUCCUCAAGCCCCGCCCGUUCAACAACCAAUCAGUCCUCAAGAGAAACAGGAGCUGGAGCAGCUGCUGAGUGGAUUGGAGGGGCCGAUGCAUCGACAGGGCUACCUGUCCACCCCGUCCUCUGCAGCUGGAGGAAUGCUUCACCUUGUGCCUGCCCAGGUCCAUGUCAAUGGGCACAACAGCAUUGAUCGUGAGACGGACAUUUUAGAUGAUGAACUGCCUACAAGUCAAGAGGGCAACAGUGUGGACAGUCUAGGGACCUUCUCUUCCACGGAUGGUCGGGCGACUCCAGCUGAUCUUUAUUACCAGUCUGAGUCGCUUACCAAUGGCCAGGACCAUGUGCCGUAUCUGGAGCGCAGCGUCCCAGAAAAGUCUCUGGAAACCGUCCGGCGACAGAAUGGCAUGUCCGACAAACAUGUCACUUUGACCCAAACUGAUUCAGCUCCAUCCUCUGGCAACUACAUGGCUACCCAGAAUGGUAACUUGUAUCGAUCUCAGUCAUUUGGUGCUGAGCCAAAAUCUAUGCCUCCAGCUCCUGCCCGCACCACCAGCAGCAGGGAUGCCGUCCAACGUGGUCUCAAUGUUUGGCAGCAGUUUGGGGUACCUGAGGAGCCUGUAACGGAAGGCCUCACUUUUAGUCCACCUCCUUCUGUAGCAGUGAUGCCCAGCCACCACAGUCUCCCACAGUUCCCACAUCGCAACAGUGCCUCCCAGCAAGAAAUCGAGCAAUCUAUUGAAACCCUCAAUCUCCUAAUGUUAGACCUGGAACCUGGACGUUCGCUGGUGCCAAAGUCCCAAAGCGCACCAUCGCGGGAAAACAGUGUUGUAGUGACCACGCAGCCAUCCUUCUCCCAGACCCAAACCAGGCCCUCCUACCAGGGAGAUGCAGCAAUUCAUACUCACUAUUCUGGCCCAGCGGCCAGCCUUGCAAGCCACUCUUCAUCAGCUCAGGUGUCACCUGGAAAACAGAGUACACCAGAGCCGGCACCUUCCAUGCAAGCGCCCCCCACAGUGACUGGUCACAUCCAGCUAAAGCCUAUCAACACCUACCCACCAAGCACAUUGCCCCAGUCUUCAGAGGGUGUUGAGUCCAUGAGAAGCCCUAGUGCUGCUUCAGCGACGCCCCAAACAAGAGAAAGUGACCCAGAUGAGGUCUUCAAUGUGGAAGGUCUGGUUGCCCAAAGAGUUGCUGAGUACUCAGCUCGUGCCCAAAGAGUCAUCCCGAACAUGACCUCUUCUCAGUCUGAGCACCGCCGUUCUCACUCCCUCUCGGGUGUCCAGUCCCGCACAGUGUCCUUAGAUGAACCUGCAACCCUGCCUCGCCGUCGCAUCACCAGCGAUGGGCAGAACCAGAAUGGUCCAGAGGAGUGCGCUUCACCCGAUGGCCCCAUUCGCUCCCCCGUCCGCUGUGUUUCUCCAGAGUUUGUCAACGCCAUUGCAAUGAAUCCUGGGGGACGACCUAAGGAGAGACACAUGCACAGCUACCGCGAAGCCUUCGAGGAAAUGGACGGUGGCUCCAUGAGCCCUACACCCACAGUUGGUGGUGAGGUGUUUCCCCAAACCCCUGCAUUCCCCGUCUCGCCGCAAACCCCUUACUUCAACCUGUGUCGGUCCCCUCCUGGUCUUGCCAGGACUCCAUUGUCAGCCCUGGGUUUGAAGCCCCAUAACCCAGCAGAAAUCCACCUCAACCAAACAGGUUCAGCACCCAGAAGCUAUGUAGAGUCUGUGGCAAGGUCGGCAGUGACAGGUGGAGAGCAGCCACCAUCACCUCAAAGUGCCAGCCCACCAGGAGUAACUAUGGGUCAACAAAGAAGCCCAAGUCCCUCAUCCCACACACUGAACCCACCUCUGUCCAGCAGCAGCCCGAUCCAGAGCUCACAGGGUGAACACCCCUCGGCAGAAAGCAAUGUUAGCACUCCGUCCCAACCCACUACUGAUUCAGGCUUCCGCUCCCAGACUACAGAGAGUGCCUACCCCACUCCAACGCCCUCAUAUCAAGUCCUGAAUACCCCUACUCCUUCUUACCUAGAUUCCAGCUCCCCAACCUCCUCCUACCUUGGCACUACCACCCCUACACAGUCCUAUCUUGGCCCCAACACCUACCUGGGGGGCUAUGUGCCCUCAGAACCAAGCCUACCCAACCCAGAGCCCCCCCAGGCAACACUCAACCAUGGAAGUCCCCUUGCACAACACAGAACAAAUAUGCUUGGCACCAUCCACAGUCCUGUUCUACAGCAGUACCCUAGUGCUAAUCAGGACAGUAUCAUCUUGGGUCAGCAACCAUCACCAGCCAAUGGCUUUGAUGUGGGUAUGGUCGGGCUCGCUGGCAGUCCCAUCCUUGGUCAUCGUCCGUCUCAGGGAGCUCAGAGCAGCCCAGUCCACAGCAGACAAGUCUCCUUGGGACAGGGGUCUCAGCGCAGCCCAGUCCUCAGCAGACAGCCGUCCUUGGGCCAGCCAAUGCAGAACAGUCCUGUGCUCAGCCGACAGCCAUCUAUCACACACUCCCAAGGAAGUCCAGUUUUGGGCCGUCACCCUUCUGUGUCGCAGGUCUCCCAGAGGAGCCCAAGUUUGGACCGCCAUCCCAUGCACAGCGGUUACACCACCCCAGAUGAGAGACAUGGGAACCUAUCCAGACAGAGCAGCUCUUCAGGCUACCAGGGACCUCCCACUCCAUCAUUCCCCAUCUCGCCUGCAGGCUACCAAGAUGGAGGGAUGAUGGGGAUGGGUGUCGGGUUCAGGCAGGGGAGUCCAGCUCCAAGUUUCCAGCCCCAACUUCCAGAGAAGAGGCGCAUGUCAAGUGGUGAUAGACCAAAUGGAGCAGUGUCCUAUGGCACGAUGAACGGGAAGAUCAUGUCCCCAAUGAGCGGAGGAAGCACUCCUGGCUACUUCCACACCCUGUCGGACUUCUCAAGGUUCAAUAUGCCCGCAGAUGGCAGUCCUGAGAGCCGGCUCAAUGUCAAGUUUGUCCAAGACACGUCCAAGUUCUGGUACAAGCCAGACAUUUCCAGGGAGCAAGCUAUUGGCCUGCUGAGAGAGAGGGAGCCUGGGGCCUUCGUUAUUCGCGACAGUCACUCAUUCAAGGGGGCUUAUGGUCUGGCGAUGAAGGUGGCUUCUCCCCCACCGACUGUGCACCAGAGCAAGAAAGGUGACGUCAGUAACGAGCUGGUGAGGCACUUCCUGAUUGAAAGCAGCCCUAAAGGAGUGAAACUGAAGGGCUGUCCCAAUGAGCCUUAUUUUGGCUGUCUGUCUGCAUUGGUCUACCAACAUGCCAUCACACCACUGGCCCUGCCCUGCAAACUACUUAUCCCCACUACAGAUCUCCUGGAGGAGUUGCCUGAAGUUGCAGCACCAAAUCCCCUGGCUGAAAGGCUGAAACAAGGAGCAGUGCAGAGGGCCCCUGCUGAUUCCCAUGCAUGCAAUGUGCUGUACAUCAACUCAGUGGAGAUGGAGUCCCUGACAGGCCCUCAGGCUGUUUCCAAGGCCAUAUCUGAGACACUGGCUGCCACUUCUCCAUCUACUGCCACUGUCGUGCACUUCAAGGUGUCUUCACAAGGCAUCACGCUGACCGACAACCAGAGGAAGCUUUUCUUCCGACGCCACUACCCAACUAACACUGUCACGUUCUGCGAUAUUGACCCUCAGGACAGAAAGUGGAGCAAGCCUGAGGGAGGCACAGCCAAGUUGUUUGGGUUUGUGGCUCGUAAGCAGGGAAGCACAACCGACAAUGUCAGCCACCUCUUCGCCGAGAUGGACCCUGACCAGCCCGCCAGCGCCAUCGUCAACUUCGUCUCCAAGAUGAUCGCGGCUCAGAAACGAUGAAAGCUGUCAGCAGACCCUGGCGCUUUUUUAAAUGCCUUUGGUUAUUCUCUUUCCCUUUAACCACAGACACUUUCUUUCUGAUUUGGACAUUUACGCCUCCAGCUCUACACGUCACCUUAUUUUUUCCUGCUCUUUUACGUUCAUGUUUGAGUCUGAGUGCAUGUGAGAGAGAAAAGGUUUGACUGUGUUUGUGUGUGUGUGUGUGGGUGUGUAUGUGUCAGCAGCUUUCAUGCAUGUGCUUUUCUUCUUGGGCGGGUUUUCAGAAUGGACCAGAGGAAGUGCAGGAUGGGGACGGGCUGUGUGUGACAACGGGACGGGAGGUGCUUGUGACCUCCCUGGCAGGGUAACACGUGGACAGGAAGAGGGAAUGACAUUGUGUGUUCAAAUGUUAUUUUUUUAGCAAUUGUCUCAUUUUUUAUUUUUCUAAAGAAGAAGUUAAGUAGUGCGAUGUAAAGGUGGGUUGUAAAUCUAUCAGGCUUUUGACUGGUAAACCAAAGAUUUUAAAAAAGUAGUCAGGGCAUGUAUAGUGUGCCACUGUCGGAGGGUCAGAAGUAUUCUUUUUGUAAAACAAAUAUGGCUGCUUAAUCAAAAUACUGAACUGUCUCUCUUUCUGUACGUACUGAUACUGUAGGUCAAUUCUGCACCACUGCGAGCACUGUUUGCAGCAGGUGACGUCUCUGUAAAUAUUCUAGAUUGCUUUAUGAGUAGGACUGUUAUAGAUGACAUUUGGUGCCUGACUUUUUUUUGUAACGCAGAGCUUUGUAAGAAGAAAAAAAGUCGUAUAACUCUUCCAGGCUGUCUUAAAUAUGCAAAUAGCCAAAUCUGGAAACAAGAUUGUCCUUUAAAUUCCGCUGGUCCUUUCCUGUUCGAUGCAGUAGUGUCGCUAAAGAUGCAACAGAUUCCUCUGAACGACCAAGACGAUAUUUGCAGUCGGUGAUAUCAUGUGAAAGCAUCAGGAAGAACGCGUAUAUGUCUUCACACAUUUCUUUGAUUACGUUCAGACAUGCAAAGAAGAGGCUUACCUACAUAGCACCGUUAUUUAAGUGAUAACUGAAGGGCCUGAGGAAGCUUCAUGAGGACAAUCUUCACAUAAAAAGCAACGUCUGGCUUACACUGCUCGAAUGUUUCCUAUGUUCAAUGUUUCUAUCACUACAGAGAAGCUCUUUGCGUCAGCCGGCCAAAACUGUUAACACCCACACCCUACCCAAAAGUAAGCUAUUCAUAUGAAUAUACAUAUAUAUAGAUAUAUAUAUAUAUAUAUAAACUUCUAAACAGUGACUUAAGAUAUUUAUUUUUUUGCUUUGUUGCUCUGUUAUCUUGUAUACAUGUAUUAUAAAGUAUACAUCAAAUUACUGAACGCGAGAAGAAAAGAUUGCUCUUUAUUCUGGCUGAAGUCAAGUGCAUUGACGUAUAUAAGGUGUAAAGUGUGUGCAUUUCCAAGUGUAUCACUGUUGUUUUUGAAUGUUUUUUCACAGCAUUACUUCCUUUUGUUAACAUUAUUGUUUCUUGGGGAGGUUUUUUUCUUUUAUGUUUCAUUUUUAAGCGAGGGGAAACAUUUUGUAUGAACGAUUGUUGUUACUAAGUCCAAAUUGGAGUUUUCUCAAAGUGAUGCCAACUCAAAUGUUUUAUUAACUUAAACCUGCCUAGAAAAAAACAUUGUCCAAGAUUAGCACUUAUAUGUUGAAGUAUUAUCAGUGUGUUUGACUUGUAAAAACAGAACGCGUAGACAUUGAUGGGCCCAUUUCAUGUUGUGUGGAGGCAGACUCCCUCUCCCCUAAACGAUCUGGAGUGAGGCGAUGGGGAUCUAGUCUGAUCAGUCAGUGUUUGCUGCCCCCAUGUGGUGUUGAAAGAUCAUUACACAAAAAAACAUCUUGCAUACUUAAACAGUGUUUUAGCUGUGAAUUCAAAGGGUUAAUGUUGGAGUAAUUUGAUCACAGGGAAGAAGAGCUUAAAGAACUUAAAUGUUGACUCAUGCGCUCUUUUGUAUUUUAUUUGGAUUUUAGAGAAUGAGAAGUAGACAUUAUGAUUCCCUCUUUAGUGCCUGAUGCUCUACGAUUAGUUGGCAGCAUGAUGUUAACUCAUUAAAUAUAAGAGUUAGUGUAGGUGCAUACAUUAAGUCUAAUGUCUUUAAAAAUACAAAGUGCAGCACUUACAGGGCUUUUAUAUGUGACUAGAAUGUUCCAAUAUUUAUUAGACAGUCUGCAUGCUUCAGUCACGCUGUUAGCAUAACGCUGCUGACUGUAACCUGUACACAGUAUUCUCCAGUCUUACUCAAUCCCGCCCUUUACUGAACGAUGCCAUCGAUAGUUAUCAGGUUUGAUUCUCACAUGAAUUCAGUGUAUUGACUUGGCCUAUGAGACAAAAGAAUCUGUAUUUUUGCCUACUUAGUGCUUGUCGAGAUUUAAAAAAAAACAUAAAAACAAACACAGGACGUCCUCAAACGGAAACUGAAUGUUAAUCAUUGGUUUACCAAGAUGGAAACUCCAGAGACAUCUGCCCACCCCGACAGAUCAGCCUGGACUGAAGAAUGUGUGUGAAUGAGCUACUAUGCCUGUAUAGAGCUUUGUUAUUUUUUGGUUUGCUACAUUGUAUGGCUUUUACUAUUUCUGAUGAAAAACACAUUAAAAAGCAGUACAAAUCAAAAAUGUUCAA